GUGACAGAGGGAACGCUUUCGGAACGGUGCAUCUCAUUUUAGAAGUGAAUGGGUUAAUGUGAAUUUGAUAUUUAGUUAAAUUGCUACAUUCAUUGGUCACGAUUCAAUGGAAUUUAUUUAAAGGAACUACGACGUAUGUCCUGGCCAUGUAUCCUCGGGGAUUAAUUUAAAUAGUUAUAUUUUAAUCAGAAACGUGAUUUAUUUCCACGUCUAGGAUCGAGUGAGUAACGGAAAUAUCCCAAAGAAAUAGCGACCGCGGGAGUCCCUUCAUUACCAUUUGACACACAUGUCUAUAGAGAUCUAUAUAACCUCGAGUCUUGCAGAGAAAAAGACGCAUAGAGGAGAGAAAGAACUUCAUCUUCAUCUUAAUCUUCACAGUUAGACACAGCGCAAAAACCACUAGCCAGAAAAGUGAGGUUUGGUGAACGGAAGGGAUGCGUCUAAGUUGAGUGGAGUCCUCAUAUAACAAGGCAUCGUUUAUAAACGUUUGCAGACAAGGAGGAGAAUAUCACUGGGUGACCGCAUAUCGAUACCUGACACAAGUCAAAAGUUCCCUUUCGUUUUAUUGGAUAAAGUCAUGAAAAGGACAGCACUGGGACAUAUACGAAAAACGUCAAUAUUACGGACAAGUCAAGGUAGUGAGAGGGAAUACAUAUAGGGUCUGUGGAAGAGGCCAUUUCGUUUAUGUUUUGUUGGGGUAGAUGCAUAUGUCUGAGAUGGAGGGAGGGAAAGACGGAACAAUGAUAAAAUUGGGGCAGAGUGGUUUAAAAGUCUUAGCCAUUGUCGUGGUCCUUCUGGGCCACUUCCGGUUGUCAGAGGCGGACUGGAGGGACUUAGUGGCCAGAGAUUUUUGUAAGAAAUGCAUAGAAGAGCGCCAAGGCGUCGGCUUCUUUGAGGAUCCCGAUGAUUGCCGAUUCUUUCUGCGGUGCGACCUUGGACCUUUUCAUGAAAUAAUAUUCCAGCGGUACGAAUGUUCCCCCGGCACGCUGUUCGACAGGGCGAUUCCGGCUUGCGUACACUGUAACAACGCUAGCUGCGUGGGAUCCAAAGCACCGGAACCAAGAUGUCCCGUCACGGACCCACCUGUUCCAAUGACGGUUCCACCGCCACCAGUGAUAAGCAUAGCCGCUGGUGCUCAGUGUUGUAAGGCAAGGUUUGACACUGGCUACACAUACUGUGAGGAGCCACGUAACAGCCACGUGUACUACAGAAAGGCCAAUGUAGACGGGUUUGUCCAGAGGGUCAGUUGUGGUCAUCUGAUUUUCUCCGUCAAUCCGAACCGCUGCGAGUGUGUGCCACCGGAUCUGGGCCCAGUCGCACUCUACACAUUCGAGGUACCACGACCGUUCGAUAGCAAGGUUGGCAACUUCAUGACCGAUACGCAAGGAGUCGGACUUCAUGCGACAACGGCGGGGAGCGAGGACGGUUUCGACGAAUUUUCAGGACAGUUCGACGGCAUCGGCGACAUGGAGGCGCCUUUGUUUUCUGGUUAUGAUUGGGGAACGAGUUUAACGGUUUCAUUCUUUUACAAAACUGACGCAAGAGACAGAGUUCUGAGGGCAAUCCUUGCCAACGGAAACUGCGACAUACCCCCAACAUUCCUGUUUGUGACCCAAGGAAACGAUCUUCAUUGCGAAAUGGAUGUUGUAGACCGGGGUGCAUUUUUUAGAAAGAGGAUACCAAAAUUAUGCAAAUACUCAGAUAUAUUUAAACAGCUACCAGAAGACAGUUGGGUGGGUGUGGUGACGACCUUUAACUCACUUAAGAUACACACCAGGGUGAAAAUAAUGAAGACUGGAGAAAUCCGGGAGGGGAACAGUACCUUAUGUGUAGGUUCCGUUCCGGCGACUCUGGCUCCUCUGAAUAUUGGACGUGACUUGUACUGUAUCAAACAAAAUGGUCGCUCCCUCGCUGGUAACUUUGUAGGAAAACUAGAUCAGGUUCAAAUAUACAGAAGAGCUCUGGAAUCCUGGGAAACAGACAGAGUGCUUGCCGAGGAGGUCAAUAUCAGGACUUAGACUGGGUUCCCAUACCUAGAUCGAUCUAAGAGAAUCGAUCCAUCUCC